CCAGCCCUCUCCGGGGACCCCUUUGUUUGCCGCGGGACGCCGACACCUCCACGUCCCCGGGGGCUUGACCGCCGCGCCCCGGCCCCCUGCCCGCACCCCCUUCCCGACCAUGUCGCGCUCCUUCUAUGUGGAUUCGCUCAUCAUUAAGGACUCCUCGCGGCCAGCGCCCGCGCUGCCCGAGCCGCACCCCGGGCCGGACUUCUUCAUCCCGCUGGGCGUACCGUCCCCUUUGCUGAUGUCCGUGUCCGGGACCCCCGGCUGCCCGUCCCGCAAGAGCGGCGCCUUCUGCGUGUGCCCGCUGUGCGUCACCUCGCACCUGCACGCCGCUAGGGCGCCCGCGGGCUCGGGCAGCGGAGCGGGUGCGGGCCCGGGGAGCGGGGGUCCCGCGGGGGGCGGGGCGCCGGGGGGCGCAGGGGCCUUGCCCCUACUCAAGGCUCCUUUCCCUUCGGGGCCCGGGGACGCGCCGCUCUGUGCGCGCGUGGGGCACGCGCACCAUCACCACCCCCCGCCGCCGCAUCUCCAUCACCAUCACCACCACCACGCACCCCAGCAGCCCGGCUCGGCGGCGGCGGCGGCCCUGGGGCACCCGCAGCACCACGCACCUGUCUGCGCCGCCACUGCCUACAACGUGGCGGACCCGCGGAGGUUCCACUGCCUCUCCAUGGGGAGCUCCGACGCCAGCCAGGUACCCAACGGCAAAAGGAUGAGGACGGCGUUCACCAGCACGCAGCUCCUGGAGCUGGAGCGAGAGUUCUCUUCCAACAUGUACCUGUCCCGGCUGCGGAGGAUCGAGAUCGCCACUUACCUGAACCUUUCAGAGAAGCAAGUGAAGAUCUGGUUUCAGAAUCGGCGGGUGAAGCACAAGAAGGAAGGCAAAGGCGCGCAGAGGAGCGGUCACUCGGGCUGCAAGUGCGUCGGCAGCCAGGCGCACUACGCGCGCUCUGAGGAUGAGGACUCCUUGUCGCCGGCCUCGACCAACGACGACAAGGAGAUUUCCCCCUUAUGAAGGG